AGAUGUAAUAUAUGUUUUACGUCGCACUUUUUUGUGAUUUCAAGUGAGUUGAUGAACUUUCCGAAGCAACGGUAGUCAAAUGCAAUGGCUGCAAUGACCAUUUGGGCGUGAGACGGCUGGUUCAGGUGAAACAAUAAGAGCUGAGACUGAAGCACAAAAUGGCUACCGCCCCAGACCCAGAUGAAGUGCUCCGUUCAACAAGAGGAAAAGAAAAUUUUCAACGUAUUUCACGACUGUUGAUAAGUGGAGGCACUACACUACUGAGAGAGAUUUUUGAUCAAUGUUGCCCACCAAGCAAUUUUCCCACAAUACUGAAACAUCCAACCACAGAGAAACAACUCAAAGCAGCAAAGCUUACUAAGCCACAGUGGGACUGUCUGUACCCUUCCCCAGGGGUGUACGGCAAGUCAGCAGAUUUUGAUGUAACCCUGCUGUUCAGGUUGCUGAGGACAAUAUGCAACCUCGUCCCUCCUGCCACAGGCUGGGAUGCCCUGCCAACAAGUACAGACCAGAGUUUAGCUGCAGAUUUGGCAAGAAUUCGACAUUACCGAAACUCCGUGUUUGGUCACGUGAACCAAAACAUGGAAAUUGCAGAUGACCAGUUUCCAGUGCUGUGGCAAGACAUCAGCGAGGUUCUUGUAAGGAUUGCAGGUCAGAUCAGCCCCACAAAGAAGCCUCAAUGGCAAGUGGCCAUUUUUAACUUUUUGAGGAAUCCCCUCACAGCAGAGGAUGAACGAAAUGUACAGGAACUGUUGGAGUGGUAUAGAAACGACAUGGAAGUAAAGGAAUCCAUAGAAGAACUGAAAACUUCAAUGAAAGAAAUGCAAGAUGGCAUGGAACGUUUGGAGACUAGUUUGAAAGGUGUUGAUGGAGGGAUAGAAGAGAUUAGUCAAGUAAUAGGAGAGAAAGUACAGUGUUUAGAAACGGCAGUUCGAGAGGAAUCCCAAGAUAUCAAAGAUCAGCUUGAAAGGGAAAUAAAAAGUACAACUCAAGAAGUUCAAAGCCUAGAGAAAGCAGUUCGUGAGGAAUCCCAAGAAAUUAAAGAUCAGCUUGGAGGAGAACUGAAAACCACAAGUCAAGACGUCCAAAGCCUAGAGAAAGCAGUUCGAGAGGAAUCCCAAGACAUCAAAGAUCAGCUUGGAGAGAUGCAUCAAUCCAUAGACAGGCUGAGCUCCUCCGCUGAAUCUAUUCCAACGUACCGAGUUCGAGUAACUUCAUAUUUUCACUUUAGACUGAAGCACAAAAUGGCUACCGCCCCAGACCCAGAUGAAGUGCUCCGUUCAACAAGAGGAAAAGAAAAUUUUCAACGUAUUUCACGACUGUUGAUAAGUGGAGGCACUACACUACUGAGAGAGAUUUUUGAUCAAUGUUGCCCACCAAGCAAUUUUCCCACAAUACUGAAACAUCCAACCACAGAGAAACAACUCAAAGCAGCAAAGCUUACUAAGCCACAGUGGGACUGUCUGUACCCUUCCCCAGGGGUGUACGGCAAGUCAGCAGAUUUUGAUGUAACCCUGCUGUUCAGGUUGCUGAGGACAAUAUGCAACCUCGUCCCUCCUGCCACAGGCUGGGAUGCCCUGCCAACAAGUACAGACCAGAGUUUAGCUGCAGAUUUGGCAAGAAUUCGACAUUACCGAAACUCCGUGUUUGGUCACGUGAACCAAAACAUGGAAAUUGCAGAUAACCAGUUUCCAGUGCUGUGGCAAGACAUCAGCGAGGUUCUUGUAAGGAUUGCAAGUCAGAUCAGCCCCACAAAGAAGCCUCAAUGGCAAGUGGCCAUUUUUAACUUUUUGAGGAAUCCCCUCACAGCAGAGGAUGAACGAAAUGUACAGGAACUGUUGGAGUGGUAUAGAAACGACAUGGAAGUAAAGGAAUCCAUAGAAGAACUGAAAACUUCAAUGAAAGAAAUGCAAGAUGGCAUGGAACGUUUGGAGACUAGUUUGAAAGGUGUUGAUGGAGGGAUAGAAGAAAUUAAAGAUCAGCUUGGAGGAGAACUGAAAACCACAAGUCAAGACGUCCAAAGCUUAGAGAAAGCAGUUCGAGAGGAAUCCCAAGACAUCAAAGAUCAGCUGGGAGAGAUGCAUCAAUCCAUAGACAGGCUGAGCUCCUCCGCAGGCACCUCUCACGCAGCAGGAGCUCCUCUUCGACUGUGGAUUGAAUGCAAAACAAUCUCAGGUCCUGGUCAACAAGGAGGACCGACUUCAGAAAUAGCAUUGGCGUCACAGGAACACGAAGCAGGGGUUCCCGUCCCGGAGGGGUUCCCGUCACGAAGUAGAGAACCGGCUUCGGAGAUAGUAAUGGCCUCACAAGAACAGGAAACAGGGUUGCCGGGCCAGGGUAUGACAAUGGUACCUAUGACCUCCCGUGAACGAAAGGCAGACACUAGUUUUCCCACAGCACAACAAGUUUUGAACCUCGCGGCGUCAAAAUACUUGACGACAAUUGACCCAUCGAAACCCGAGGAAUUAAAUGGCUUUGUUUGUUACUUGGAGAAAGUACGAAAAACGUUGAUCGUUGACACUCAGUCAGGGAGUUUGAUCAUCACAGUUGAAUGUCGCUCUCUGGAAAUGCUUGACGAAUUGUGGUCUGAUUAUUGCACUGGCUUUCUAAAUGAAAUGGCGCAAAUAUUCCUUGUAACAGAGGAGGUUCUGAGAGAGCUUGGUCUCAUUGAAGUAAAGCUCACAACUACCAUUUUAGAGGAGGAGUACAGGGCUUGUCGAGAGUAUUUGUUGCAGCAUUCGGGUAAGUCCAGGAGCUUGUAUGUACACGUAUAUAUGCUGUUUCUCUACUUUGAUUUCUCUGAAGAAAACGAAGAUACUAUCGGUUUUUCCCGAAGUUUUUCUAUCGCAAUGGACCAUUUUGACGAUAUCGAUGACACAAUAUCAGCAAUUUAGUGGAAGUUUUCAUAUAAACAUUCUCAAACUCAUUAAUAAUUCAUCAUCUUGAAACAAAGGUAAU